GCUGGAUUGCUGCUAGUGUGUGAAGUAGCCGCUGCUCCCGCACCACAGAUACAGUGGCUCAAGAACGGAGAACCUUUCAUAGAUUAUGAAGAGGAAGCGAACGAGAUCCCGACUGUGUCUAGCAACGUGGCUCGCCUGGUCAGCAAGCUAGUAGUGUCGGCGGCGCGCGACGGAGACGUCUUCACAUGCGACGCCAACAACGGCCUCAAGGAGGUCACCGCCUCCACCACUGUUUAUACUGAAAAUGAACUUUCCCCUCAACUGUUAUUGGGUAAACUAUUCCCACUACCAUCGAAGCCUGUGAUAACGCUGCACUACGAGGAGAUCGUGUUGCCCUCCGGCGACCUGCUGAUAGUGGAGCUGCAGUGGGGGGACAUGGGGGAGUGGACGUGCUCGGCGCGCAGCGCGCAGGGGAAGGACACCGCCACCACCUUCGUCUACCCUUCCAAGCCAAAGAAACAGUAAUCUAAAACUGAAACGGAAUGGAUUAAAAAAAGUUACCCGCCGAUUGCUAUGAAAUUCUCCAUGUUCCUAGUAAACAUAAUAUUUUAAUAUAAAUAUAUUUAAUUUAUUGUUAGUUGUAAAAGCUCCUGUAAAUGCAUAAUUAAUUUUAUUUUUAUAUUUUGUGCCAAUUUUAGAUUAAGUUUAGUUCAGUGAACCAGAAUGCAUUUAUUUAGUUUUAAAAU